CGUCGCCGGCCGGCAGGUGCGGGCAGAGCCGCCGCCGCGCAGCCCGCGCCGGCCCCGCCUGGAUGUGCGCGGAGGCGGCGCCCGGCUGCGCGCAGGGUCCCGCCAUGGCCCUGGCUUUCUGCGGCGACGAGGGCAACUCCACCGCCUACAACGUGGACCACGGCGUGCUCAACAACGGCUGCUUCGUGGACGCGCUCAACGUGGUGCCGCACGUCUUCCUGCUCUUCAUCACCUUCCCCAUCCUCUUCAUCGGAUGGGGAAGUCAGAGUUCCAAAGUACAUAUACACCAUAGCACAUGGCUUCAUUUUCCUGGCCACAAUUUACGCUGGAUACUGACUUUUAUCCUCUUGUUUGUGCUUGUGUGUGAAAUUGCAGAGGGCAUAGUGUCUGAUGGGGUUUCAGAAUCGCGCCACUUACACCUGUACAUGCCAGCUGGGAUGGCAUUCUUGGCGGCCAUCACAUCGGUCGUCUAUUACCAUAAUAUCGAAACAUCCAAUUUCCCAAAGUUGUUAAUCGGUACGUCUCACAACUUAGAAGACUCAGAAGUGCAACCGUGGUGCUGGGUGUCUGUUCGUUCCAUGACAGCAUUGCUGUUCUACUGGACUUUAGCUUUCAUAACUAAAACCAUCAAAUUUGUAAAGUUCUGUGAUAAUGGGGUUGGAUUUUCUCAGCUUCGAUUUUGCCUCACAGGACUCCUGGUUGUUCUCUAUGGAAUGCUACUAGCUGUAGAAAUCAAUGUCAUCAGGGUGAGGAGGUAUGUUUUCUUCAAAACUCCUAAAGAAGUUAAACCUCCUGAGGAUCUCCAGGACCUUGGCGUUCGAUUCUUACAGCCGUUUGUGAAUCUGUUAUCCAAAGGAACAUACUGGUGGAUGAAUACGUUCAUCAAGACUGCCCACAAAAAACCAAUAGACUUGAAAACCAUAGGCAAGCUUCCCAUUGCGAUGAGAGCUCUGACCAAUUACAUUCGCCUCAAUGAGGCCUUUGAAGCACAGAAGAACAGAAGGUCAUCAUCUCCACAAGGAUCCAGAUCAAUUUGGCGUGCUCUCUGCUGUGCUUUUGGAAGACCCUUGCUUCUCAGUAGCACAUUCCGUAUUCUGGCUGACUUGCUUGGAUUUGCUGGUCCGCUCUGCAUCUCUGGGAUUGUUCACAAUGUUGGAAAAGGAAAUAACACCAUCCGCCCACAGACUAAAAUUCUGGGUGUUUUCUUUAUUUCGUCUCAAGAGUUCCUGUCCAAUGCUUAUGUUUUGGCUGUACUCUUAUUUUUUGCUCUUCUAUUGCAAAGGACAUUUCUCCAAGCAUCAUAUUAUGUUGCUAUUGAAACAGGGAUCAACUUGAGAGGUGCAAUACAGACAAAAAUAUACAAUAAAAUUAUGCAGCUUUCAACCUCUAACAUGUCUAUGGGGGAGAUGACUGCAGGCCAGAUCUGUAACCUGGUUGCCAUAGACACAAAUCAGUUGAUGUGGUUCUUUUUCCUUUGCCCUAACCUUUGGGCUAUGCCAGUACAGAUAAUUGUAGGAGUUCUUCUGCUCUACUACCUUCUUGGAAUCAGUGCCUUAAUUGGAGCAGCAGUAAUCAUCAUCCUUGCACCUGUUCAGUACUUUGUGGCAACAAAACUCUCACAGGCGCAGAGAAGCACACUGGAGUACUCCAAUGAGAGACUGAAGAAGACAAAUGAGAUGCUUCGAGGCAUUAAGCUCCUUAAACUCUAUGCUUGGGAACACAUCUUUCACAGCAGUGUAGAGGAAACCAGACAAAAAGAAAUGACUAGCCUCAAGUCUUUUGCCCUUUAUACUUCCAUAUCCAUCUUUAUGAAUGCAGCAAUACCAAUUGCAGCUGUACUUAUAACAUUUGUGGUCCAUGCUCAUCUGACAACAAAGGCUGAUUUCUCCCCAUCCGUGGCAUUUGCCUCCAUCUCCCUGUUUCAUAUUCUUGUGUCUCCGUUGUUCCUGCUCUCCAGUGUGGUUAGAUCCACUGUCAAAGCAUUAGUAAGUGUCCAGAAACUUAGUGAAUUCCUGUCAAGUGAAGAAAUUGGAGAAGAGCAUGAUAAAUCUUCAGAGCUAAGAAGUGCAGAUAAUCACAGCAAAUACCAAGCAGUGCCACUCAAAGUUGUUAACCGCAAGAGGCCUGCCAGGGAAGACUGGAACAAUUACAGCUCUCACAUGAGAAGACCCAUUAACAUCACAGAAGCAGAUGAUUUUUGUGUAAAGAUCACAAAUGGAUUUUUCACUUGGACACCUGAAGGUCCUCCAGCAUUGUCCAACAUUGAUAUCCGAAUCCCUCAAGGUCAGCUAACGAUGAUUGUAGGACAGGUUGGCUGCGGUAAGUCAUCCCUCUUGCUAGCCAUACUUGGUGAGAUGCAGAAGAUCUCUGGGAACAUAUUUUGGAGCAGCUGUACUUCUGACAGUGAGACGGGGGAAGAUGUCAGCCCAGAGAAAGAAUCUCCUGUUGACAUGGAAUUCAGGAAAAGAGGCUCAGUAGCAUAUGCAUCACAGAAGCCUUGGUUGCUGAAUGCCACAGUGGAAGAGAAUAUCACAUUUGAAAGCCCUUUUAACAAACAGAGGUACAAAGCAGUAAUUGAUGCUUGUUCCCUCCAGCCUGAUAUUGACAUUCUCCCUCACGGAGACCAAACCCAGAUUGGAGAGAGGGGUAUUAAUCUGUCUGGAGGGCAGCGCCAACGUAUCAGUGUGGCAAGAGCACUUUACCAGCAGACAAACGUUGUGUUCCUGGAUGAUCCAUUUUCUGCGCUGGAUAUUCACCUAAGUGACCAUCUCAUGCAAGAAGGGAUCCUGAAAAUGCUACGGGAAGACAAGCGGACCAUUGUGCUAGUAACUCACAAGCUGCAAUACUUACCCCAUGCUGACUGGAUAAUUGCAAUGAAAGAUGGUAACAUCCAGAGAGAAGGAACACUCAAGGACAUUCAGAAAUCAGAGACUGAGCUCUUUGAACACUGGAAGACAUUAAUGAAUCGACAAGACCAAGAGCUGGAGAAGGAGACUAUUAUUGAAAGAAAAACUGUUUUGGAAAGAACGAACCUCCGGAGGACUAUGUAUUCCCGUGAAGCUCUGCUGAAAGAUGACGAAGAGGAUGAAGAAGAAGUAACAGAAAGUGAUGAUGAAGACAACCUGUCUUCGGUGCUGCAUCAGAGAGCAAAGAUGCCCUGGAGAGCCUGUGGCAAGUACCUCAGCGCAGCAGGAAUCCUCCUUCUGCCGCUGCUGGUUCUGUCCCAACUGCUGAAGCACACGGUAAUGGUGGCCAUCGACUACUGCCUGGCACGCUGGACCUCAGAGGCCAUUUCUGUGAAGACAGAGCUAGAGCUGAAAAACUGCUCAGACUGUGAGAAUUUCAACCAUUCUCCAUAUUCAAAAGUGUUCAGCAUUCUCUGCUGUCUUGGGAUUGUAUUAUGUCUGGUCACAUCAAUAGCGGUGGAGUGGACUGGCUUGAAAGUCACCAAAAAGCUACAUUCUUCUUUACUAAAUAAAAUUAUUUUGGCUCCAAUGAGGUUUUUUGAAACAACACCUCUGGGAAGUAUAUUGAACAGAUUUUCAGCUGAUUGCAAUACCAUUGACCAGCACAUUCCAGCUACCCUGGAGUGCUUGAGUCGCUCCACUUUGCUGUGUGUAUCUGCUCUUGCUGUCAUCUCGUACGUCACACCAAUGUUUCUCAUUGCCCUGGUUCCCCUCGCAAUCAUGUGUUACUUCAUCCAGAAGUACUUCCGAGUUGCCUCACGGGACCUGCAGCAGCUGGAUGACAGCACUCAGCUACCAUUACUCUCCCAUUUUUCAGAGACUGUCGAAGGUCUUACCACCAUCCGAGCCUUCAGGUAUGAAGCCAAAUUUCGACAAAAACUUCUUGAAUACACAGACUCCAACAACAUUGCUUCCCUUUUCCUUACAGCUGCCAAUCGCUGGCUGGAAGUCCGCAUGGAGUACAUUGGAGCAUGUGUGGUACUCAUAGCAGCUGUCACUUCUAUUACCAGUUGCCUGUAUAGUAAACUCUCUUCAGGACUUGUAGGCUUGGGACUAACCUAUGCUCUUAUGGUGUCUAACUAUCUGAAUUGGAUGGUUCGUAACCUGGCUGACAUGGAGAUCCAGCUGGGUGCAGUGAAAAGAAUCAAUGGCCUUCUCAAAACAGAAGCUGAAAAUUACGAAGGGCUCCUUUCUUCCUCACAGAUUCCCCAGAACUGGCCAGACAGAGGGGAGAUCCAAAUCCAGAACCUCAGUGUCCGAUAUGACAGCAACUUAAAGCCAGUGCUAAAGCAUGUCAAUGCCCACAUCUCUCCAGGACAAAAGAUUGGAAUCUGCGGCCGAACAGGCAGUGGAAAAUCCUCCUUCUCUCUUGCAUUUUUCAGAAUGGUUGACACUUUUGAAGGAAGGAUUAUCAUUGAUGGUAUAGAUAUUGCUAAGCUCCCCUUACAGACGUUGAGAUCCAGGCUGUCAAUCAUUCUCCAAGAUCCUAUUUUAUUCAGCGGAACAAUCCGGUUUAACUUGGACCCUGAGAAGAAGUGCACUGACAGCAUGCUGUGGGAAGCAUUGGAAAUAGCACAGCUCAAGCAUGUGGUGAAAGCGCUCCCUGGGGGCCUAGAUGCUAUAGUCACAGAAGGGGGUGAAAACUUUAGCCAGGGCCAAAGACAGCUGUUCUGCCUAGCAAGGGCUUUUGUGCGGAAGACGAGCAUCUUCAUCAUGGAUGAAGCCACAGCAUCUAUUGACAUGGCAACAGAGAACAUACUCCAGAAGGUAGUCAUGACUGCAUUUGCUGACCGUACUGUAGUUACAAUAGCACACCGCGUGCACACAAUCCUCAAUGCAGAUUUGGUUAUUGUAAUGAAGAGAGGAGUUAUUUUGGAAUAUGACAAGCCUGAAGUUCUGCUAGAACAAGAAGAUAGUGUCUUUGCUUCUUUUGUACAAGCAGAUAAGUAAUAAAAAUAAAUGAAGCAUUUAAAAGUACCAUUGUAUUAUUUUCUAAAAAUGUAAAAUACCUGUAAAUAAAUAUUAUUUCAUAAUAAAUUGAGGUUUUCCUUUUUUAAUAAAAUGAGCCAUUUUUCUCCAUCUGAAGCAUUAAUGAAUUAUCCAUCUAUUUUCCUUUUUUGUAUACUACUACUCUUCUUUUUAUUUGCUACCAAAGAAUCAUGAAAUAUAGUUGGAAAAAACUACAUGGGUGAAAUAUGACAGGAUACAUCAACAACAACAAACACAGCCAGCAUGGAGUUUUUAUGUAACUCUUAAACCUCUCCUGUUGUUUUAUUAACAUGUUACUUUUUAUGUGUCAUAGCCCUACUGUAGAUAAUGCUCAUGACUAAACAAAUGCGGAAGGAAAAAUUAUAUACCAAAGGUAUUUCUCAAAAGCUUGUAUCUCUUUUAAGCAUAUGACUCUGUAAAGCUUUAAUAUCUAAAUAUAAAAUCUAUGAAACUUU